AUGGCGCGCGUUGUGGAGCGCGCAAACGACGCACAUACGCCGAUGGACGGCGCAUGCGAGCGGCGCGCACUGCUGAGCGCACUGCCCGCGCCGCCCGAGCACGUUGAGGCGAUGCUGCACGCGAUUGACGAUCCGUGGUGGGUCGCCGCGGCGACGCUUGCGGCAGUGCGCGCGGCGCGCACGACGUGGAAGGCGCGCGAUGCCGUGCGCAUCCUUUCCCAUGUCGCCGAGCGCACGGCCGCAUUUGAUGACGAGAUCAAGGACGUGCUCCGCAAAGAUGCGACCGUCCGCGGCGUAGACGCAUGGCUCGCGGCGGAGCCCACAAGGCUGCCGCGCACGCUCCUGCGCCGCCAGCUGUGGCUCAUGCAGUGGCUGCUGUGCAUUCCCAUCGCGCGCGAGAAGAGUGCGUAUAUAGACGCGGAUAUGGCAUCCCUUGCCGGCACGCCGCUCCUCACGCACGCGCAAAAUUUGUGCCUUGCGGGAAAUGCGCGUGCGCUGCGCGCGCUGCUAGGCGCGCAUGUAUGUGUCGCACGCGCGCUCUUUCCCCACCGCUUUUCCCUUCUGCACGCACUGCUUACCGCCGGCGGCGUGUGGGCGCACGAGCUGGCCGCAUUGCGCCUCCUGCCCGGCACGCGGAUGCCCGUAGAAGAUUGCGAGAGCGGCGCGUGGAUGGACGGCAUCGCUGUCGGCGCCACGUCGCGUAUGGGCGGCGCUGCGUCCUGGGUCGAGCAUCCCGCGGUCGUCGAGGCGCUCAGCGUCAAAGGGCUUGCCGCGAUGCCGCCGCCGCCACCGCCGCCGCCGAGCGCGCUGAGCGCUUGGUACGCCGCGGUGAUCUCCGAGCUGGAGUCCACGUGGGGCUUGGUGGACCGCGCCUUGUCCCUCGCACACGCGGGGGUGCGCCUGAGUCUUGUAUCGCUCAAAGGCGCCGCCAGCGAGCUGCAGUUCUUGGACAUGCUCGUGUACGGCACGCCAAGCACAACGCGCUGGAGCAUCGAUCGACUGCACGGCGCGCACGCACAAGACAUUAUGGUCGUCAUCGCGAAGCAGCCCAUGGCUGCGGCGCACGUCGUCGGCGUGCUGCGCGAAGCUGUAGCGCCGUUUCUGCGUACCGGCACGUAUGCCGAUCCUGUACAGUUUCACAACGAGCCGGACAUUGCGAUCCCAAUGCUCCUCGCGCUGUUGGACAGCGCACCCGCCGUUUCUUUUUCGCGCGUCCUCGAGAUUCUCGCCGCUGCGCUCGAGACGGACUGGGUGGCCAGUGCAGACGCACGAGCGCGGCUUGCGCUUGCCGUGCUCGGCGCGUGUCCUGCUGCUGACGCGGCGAGCUACGAAGCGAUGCACGCCGUGGGCCGUGCGGUGGCCGCAGAUGCCGAAAGCGAUACGCUUGCCGCCGUGCUCGAGCACAUCCUCGAGCACGAUGCGCCGGGUGUGCGCGCCCUCUGGACAGACCUCGCGCCUGCAAGCGACGCAGCCAUACGCAAGACGCUCGCGAUGGCAGCACGGCUCGUCGCGCUUGGCCGCGCACUGCUUGCGCAUGGGUUUGCACGGGCGCCGCGGUAUUAUGCAGGCAUGUCGGACUCGCGCAGCGAGCACUUGUGUGCCGCAUUGGUAGAAAGCGCGCGUGGAGAAGCGUGGCGGCUCGAGCGGAUUUUGCUGGACCUUGCGCCGUACAUCGGCGUCGAGGCGCCGGCGCCGCUCCCACGCACCUUUGUCGCCUUCUUCUUUCGCGCACUGUACGCCGCACAGGCAUUCAACACUGCCCAGCAGCUCGCCCAGUCGCUUCCACAGUUUGCGCCGCGCCUUGCGCCGUGCUUUACGUCUGCCGACGCCGAGUCGCUCCUGCUGCACAUGGCCGAAACAGCCAUGGCAGAAGCGCCUGCGAUCGAUCUCUCACACGCCACGCUUGUACGCGCUGCGGCAUGCCUCUCCGCUGCGCCGCCAACGCCGCCAGUCGCACGCCUCCGGAAUCGGCUCACGGUGCUGGGGCAGCUGGCCAAGUACAGACUCCCGUGCAUGCACGAGCCCAAAAAGCCAUUAACGCCCGCAGAGCUCGACGCGAUGCCGGACAAGCUCGUGAUCUUCGCGCGCUUGCUUGCACUCCAUAGCGGCGCUUACCGCGCGCCGCACAUCCACGAUCUUGGCCGCGCGCUGGCUUUUUGGUGCGCAGAGCCCAAGCCCAGCGAGAAACUCGUCCGCGUGCGCAUCGGCGCGAUGCUCGCCGAGGCCGCGGCCGCCGCGGGAGAUAUGCGCGCCGCACAAGGGCACUGCGAUGUGCUCGCAAAGCAGGGGCGUGGGCGCGACGAAGACGGUUCUUUGCGCGAGGCGCGCGAUAUCGCGUGGCGUACUUGCUUGCAGCUGGCCAAGCACCCCGCGUGGGAAGAUGCGCGGCCGCGCGCCAUGGUGCUGGGGCAUGCGCUUGCAUUAGCGCCGCCGGCACAGCUGCCUCGUGUACUGGAUGUCGCACAUACCGUCGCGCCUGGUGUCGCGCCUGGUGUGCCCUCACAAAACACGCCGGCAUUUUCGCGGCUCCUUGCGCGGCCGCGUUCCCCGCCGAGUCGCGCGGCACAACUGCUGGAUGGGGUGGGCAGCGGGCCGAGCACACCGCAUGCUGGUGAUGCGGCGAGUAGAGCACGCAGCUUGUUUGAUACACUGGGCUCGCCGCCCCAGGGCUCGCCGCACCAAGCACCGCUGCUCCCAUCCACGGCAGCGCUUCGUGAUGCUGUAGAAACCACCGUCUCACGUGGAAUGGGAUGGUGGAUGGGCGGGGACGCGCGGCGGUGA